GUCAUUUGAAAAGUAUUUCUAAAUCCUAAUAUUUAUGAUAAUCGUAUUAGUUACAUUGUAAAUCAUGCCAAAAGUACAUUUACCUGCUGAUAAUCCCUGCGCUUUGGAGCAUGAAAGUUCAUUGAAAUGCUUGUCAAGAAAUCAUUAUGACAAGGAUAAAUGUGCGUUAUUUUUUGCCAACUACACAAACUGUCAGAAAUUCUGGACUAGCGUAAGGCAUGAAAGAAAACGAAAUGGAAUAAGCCCCGAACUUCCUCCUGCUGCUGAACGCGAUAAAAUAAAAGCUGAACACAUCAAAACGAAGCCAGAGUAAAAAGAAAAAACUCUUCAGUAGAAUAAAAAUAAAAAAUACGAAGACAUAAGAAAAAAAUAUAUUUAAUAAUAAGCUCAA